CUAAUCAGUAUGUCUUUUUUUUCUUUUGCUAGAUAUGUUCUUUCGUUGAGAGAUGAGAAAGUGAUCUGUUUUGAAAGAGAUUAUUUUUCAUCCUUAAUGUUUGUUCAGGAUUAUAACCUCCCUUUCCUGUAAAACGUGUUCAGUGAGGAAGAGUUCCUCCCCUCCUGUUGAACUGAAACCAGAAACGUUGAGCUUCAACUCUAUUCAGCUUGAGAGCAUGGAGCGAGCACGGCUGCUGUCGCACUGCUGGGCUUUGUUGUUUCUCCACUCCUCCCUGACUGCAGCUGCAGACCUCGUAAACAUCACAGCAGAAUCUGGACAGAACGUCACUUUGUCAUGCAGAACUAACAACAACAACCCUAUCACAUUUCUGGAGUGGAGCAAAUAUGGUCUUAAGAAAGGAUAUUUACUUUUGUACCGCGAUGAGUGGUUUGAUCUAGAAAACCAGCAUCCAUUGUUUAAGAACCGGGUGGAUCUGCAGGACAGACAGAUGAAGGAUGGAGACGUGUCUGUGAUUCUGAAGAAUGUGACAAUUAAUGAUGCUGAAACAUACAUGUGUCAUGUCCAGAAAGACGGAGACAGUAUGAAGCGCAUCAGCAUCAUCUACCUGAGCGUUGUUGAUCCUCCAGGUCAGCCAGGAGGAGGCAGAGAGGAUGGAGGGAAGGAGGAAACAGGGGAGUGAGAAGAAAAGGAAGCAUUGUUUUGUCUUUGUGGCAAUUCCCGCUGUUCUUGUCUUUUAUAUUUUCUGUAGAUCAGAAAAACAACAAGAACACCAAAGACAAGAACAGCGGGACUGAAUGACGGUUUUUCAUACCAGCCUCCUACUGACAUGCUGACUGUUUGAAAUGUCUCAGUUUGGCGGUUCAAACUGAAUCUGUAGAAAAGCCUGACUCAGUAAACAUGCUCAAUGGACUGUACAGUCCACUGCAGGGCCCAUGUAUGUCCCAUGGUACAUUACUGCAACUCCCUUAUUCACCAAGGGUCGCUAAAAAUGUCAUUUCUACACCAGCUUCUCUUCCUGACACCACCCAUCAGGGACCUUUGUUUGGGCUCAAGGUUCAAGGUAACUUUA